CGUGAGCCCCGUGUGGGACCCGAUUAGCUCGUCUCUACCUUAGCUCUUAGAAGAGUGCCCGGCACUUAGUUACCGCUUCGGAAAGAUCGUAAAAGCAAAAUAAGUCAGUGGGUAAAUAACGGUUUUCGACUGCUGCCUGGUAAAAAGUUCGUUUUUGAUUUCAUAAAUCUCCUCGGUGCCAGCCUCGUUUUUUUCUACUGACUCAGCCAGGACGCCCGGGGAUUUGGGGACCCAUCAGCAUCCAUCCCGCUAUCGCACCCGAUGCCGGACAGAAGGUCUGGGCGAAGAGCCGGCUGGGGGAGGAGCGAGCGCCGGAGAGCCAAGCGGAGAGCCAGCUGUGGAGAACUGACCGCAGAUCCUCCCUCCACCUGCCACUUGGCUCCUUUUCCGAACUGCCCUGCGCGAUCACUCUCUCAGGCUUCCUCCUCGGCCCGGGCUUCCCCUCUCCCCUUCACGUCUUGUCAUUUGACAGGAUUCUUAGCCUAACAGGAAAUGUCAGCACUCUGUCCGGAACCAGGAGCACAUCUAGUCCCUUGAGCUUCUGUGGCCUGACCCCAGUAGAAGGAGACCAGAAUUCAGGACACUUUAGGUGGGACUUGGGGAUUGCGGGUGGAAGGCGGAGACGGAGACAAGGGAUGGUGGAGGUGGCAAAGGGAGGACCUUACGGACUUGACAUUUAUCCUAUUUCUGUUUUCCUAAAAUUCCGUUUCUGGGCCGAUUCCAUCUCCAUUCCAAUCAACCUAAUAUUUUCCCCCUCGUAGUGAGAGCAGGACGCUGGGCGGGGCUGUGACGGUGGCCCGUCUUGCCGCCCGACCUGACGUGGAGAGACGAACCGCUUAACCGCUCUAAUUUUCUCCGUCCCCAAACCGUGCCUCUUUAACUCCGUCACAGCGAGGCACAGAGCCAAAGAGCGGUUGACAACCCCGCGAUAAUGCUAUGUGAACAAACCGCAGAGCGGCAGGCUUUCUGCGAGGCAGUGAGUCGCGCGCAUUGGACUCCGACCCCCCGUUCCAAGAAUCGAGUUCCACUUAACCCACAAACCCGGGAUCUCUGUGCCAGCGUCCGCUUUCCCUCUGAAUCAGGAGAGUGGACUUUUUCCCUCUAGGCCGACCGUUCUCAAGUGAAGCUGGGCAACGUACGUUAGAUUCACAGGGAGAACCUCGCUCCUCCGCGUACGGGAUGUGCGCUUCCGAGGGGUGCGUGCUACGUAGACUUGACUUGAGAAUCGAAAGCGGAGCGGCUUUGUUUGUUUCCGCUUCACUUUUCUAGGGAGAGCCGUUUCUACACCUUCCGUAGCGACUUCAUAACACUUCACCCGGAGGUUUUAUCCUCCAGGGGGAGAACGACCACCUCCCGUCCUACUGGGAAUUAUCUUAAAAAGAGAAAAGCCUUAGGACGACUACACGGUCUUCUCGUCUGACAUUGCUAUGCCACCUUCCUUGACUGACUGUGCUUGGAUAUCUCUUUUCGAAACCCUUUUUCUGCAGCCUUGCUCCCUCCUCCAGUUAGGGAACAGACCGGGCGUCUGACAGAGGGUCGGAGGACGUGGUUUUCGCCGCCCGUGCGGAAACCAAAACGCGCCCGUCUCUCCCUCGCUGAUUUUUCUCAACUCUAAGGGAUGUCCCCUGCCACGCAACUCCGCGUCGGCGCCUGUAAAAGGACGGAGUGGAUUCAACGGUGGUAAUUCCCGGAGCGAUCAGCGUCCGUUGCCAUCGACGUUGAUUUCUCUCUACUUCAUUUCUUUGACCUCAAGAUCCCUCCCUGUCGCAGGAAUGCAGGAUUAAGUCCGCAAAGACGAUUCCUUCUGCGCGGACCCUUGGGCGUCCGGGGCCGCAGGUGGAAUAUCAGAACUGCGUCCGCUGGAAGACCUUUGCCGUUUACGUUCGCCGGUUUACCGGGGAGGGGGACGCGGGUCAGGCUGAGGUUCAGAGAGUGUUUUCGGGAAGGAGAGAAAAAAGCGGUCACUCCACUGGGGCUUCUGAAAUGACGGUAUCGGCGUGGUUCCUUUUAAAGAGCCAAGCCGUGUUCUCUGUUUCCCUGCAGAUGGACCAGACGUCCCCAACCUACAUGCUUGCCAAUCUGACCCCCUUGCAUUCCGAACAGCUUCUGCAAGGCCUCAACCUCCUUCGCCAACACCACGAGCUCUGCGACAUCGUCCUGCGCGUCGGGGAUGUCCAGAUCCCCGCCCACAAGGUGGUCCUCGCCAGCAUCAGCCCCUACUUCAAAGCCAUGUUCACGGGCAACCUGUCGGAGAAAGAGAACAGCGAGGUGGAGUUUCAGUGCAUCGACGAGGCCGCGCUGCAGGCCAUCGUCGAAUACGCCUACACCGGGACGGUGUUCAUCUCGCAGGACACGGUGGAGUCGCUCCUCCCGGCGGCCAACCUGCUCCAGGUCAAGCUCGUCCUGAAGGAAUGCUGCGCGUUUCUGGAGAGCCAGCUCGAUCCCGGCAACUGCAUCGGGAUUUCCCGAUUCGCGGAGACGUACGGGUGCCACGACCUCUACCUGGCGGCCAACAAGUACAUCUGCCAGCAUUUCGAAGACGUCUGCCAGACCGAGGAGUUCUUUGAGCUCACCCACGCCGACCUGGAUGAGAUCGUGUCCAACGACUGCCUGAACGUCGUGACGGAGGAGACGGUGUUUUACGCGCUGGAGUCUUGGAUCAAGUACGAUGUGCAGGAGCGCCAGAAGUACCUGGGCCAGCUGCUGCACUGUGUCCGCCUGCCCCUGCUGAGCGUCAAGUUUCUCACCAGGCUCUACGAGGCAAACCACCUGAUCCGCGACGACCACACCUGUAAGCACCUCUUGAACGAGGCCCUGAAAUACCACUUCAUGCCCGAGCACAGACUUUUCCACCAGACGGUCCUGAUGACCCGGCCUCGUUGCGCUCCCAAAGUACUCUGUGCGGUAGGGGGAAAAGCCGGACUGUUUGCUUGUUUGGAAAGCGUCGAGAUGUACUUCCCCCAGAACGACUCCUGGAUAGGUCUGGCACCCCUCAGCAUACCCCGCUAUGAAUUUGGAAUCUGCGUCCUUGACCAAAAAGUCUACGUGGUCGGGGGGAUCGCAACCCACAUGCGACAAGGCAUCAACUUCCGGAAACACGAAAACUCAGUGGAAUGCUGGGAUCCCGACGUGAACACUUGGAAGUCUCUCGAGAAAAUGAACGAGAGCCGGAGUACUCUCGGCGUGGUCGUUCUGGCCGGAGAACUUUACGCCUUGGGAGGUUACGACGGACAAUCGUACUUACAGUCCGUAGAGAAAUAUAUACCCAAAGUUAAAGAAUGGCAGCCGGUGGCGCCGAUGGCCAAAACGAGAAGUUGUUUCGCUGCCGCUGUAUUGGAUGGGAUGAUCUAUGCCAUCGGUGGCUACGGCCCCGCCCAUAUGAACAGCGUAGAACGUUACGAUCCAAGUAAAGACUCCUGGGAAAUGGUCGCCUCGAUGGCUGAUAAAAGAAUUAACUUUGGUGUCGGUGUCAUGCUGGGAUUCAUUUUUGUAGUGGGCGGACACAAUGGCGUCUCACAUUUAUCAAGCAUUGAGAGAUACGACCCCCAUCAAAAUCAGUGGACUGUGUGUAGACCCAUGAAGGAACCCAGAACAGGAGUCGGUGCAGCGGUAAUCGACAACUACCUUUAUGUAGUGGGCGGUCACUCGGGGUCAUCCUAUCUGAACACCGUGCAGAAAUAUGACCCCAUCUCAGAUACCUGGCUAGAUUCGGCCGGCAUGAUGUACUGCCGCUGUAACUUUGGAUUAACGGCCCUCUGAGGAGAAGCUUGUUUCCGCGGACCGGGAGUACGGUGGUAAAUCUUGUUCUGCAUGAAAAGAUGCCCAGUUUGCCGAGACCCAGAAGCUGCAUUUAUUUUCUUUUUGUCUUGGAGGAGUAGCAUGAAGACACGGCGCAAAAUUCAGCUCGAUUUCCCUCCAACUGAUAACUAGCCUCGGUCGCUCUUGGUUACGGUGAAAUUGUUAGCGUCACAGACAGAAUCCCCUAGAAGACCUUUAGCGCGGUGAGUCCCGGCAUCCUCUCCCAAGACUGACUUAGGGUAGGUUGCCGUAAUGUCGACGGGAGCUUAGGUGGAGAUAUUUGAAUUCAUUCAUUUCUUCCUCUCUCCCCCCUCCCCGAUAUGAGACAUGCAGUUAACUGUGAUGGGGCAGGAGAUUGCCUGGGCGUAUUGUACGAUUGGACUGUUCGUUGACUUUGCCUGUUGGAUAUGUCUUCGUAUUGAAAAUGAAACACCAGUGCUUCACGAUUUUCUACAGACAAUAACUAAGGGCUGCCUUUUUUUUUUUUCCAGUAACUUAAGAUGUGUAAAUAACCGAUGCCGUCGUAGAUUGCCCGUACAUCCUUCUUGCCGAACGGGUUUAAGACCGGGGAUGAUAAUCGGCAAGAGUUUAGCAAUCCAUUUGCGAGAUAAAUUUAAUGCCUUUAUGAUCGUGAUAUUUUUGGACCAGUUUAAAAAGAAAAAGAAUCAGCUAUAAACUUUUUACACUUUUUUUGAUGUGGGCAGAUUAACGCAAGGUGAAUUUAGUUCUCCAUCGACGCUGUGUGUCUGUGUAACUGGUAAGGGGAGAGGUAACCUUAUCGACGAGCCCUUCGUUUUCUUAAACAGCACAGCGGACUUCACAGCAUCGAUGUAAAUAUACGUAUUUGGAAGAUGUAAAAAUAUCAUCCUUAGCCCUCCUAGGAAUUUUGUUUUCAGAUAGCCUUUGAUACCAUUAUUUUUUAAGAAUGUAUGAUUACUUUUUCAAAGCGAGUUAUAAAAAUGGUGCUAACUGUAGGCUGUUACUACAUUCGUACGAUAGUUCAGUAUGCCGGAAGCAUGACGUAUUUUGAGAGUACUCUUCAUCGUUUAUAUCAGCUUGAUUCCUUCGUGUGUAUGAAAACUCUUAAUCCCUCAAUGCGUUCUGUAGAUUUCGUUACCGUUUCGAGUGUACUCUCGGCCUGAUUUUCUGUUGCAUUCAUGCAGUGUUUGAAUGUGGCAAGGAAGGAUGCAUUACUGCUUUGUGAUACUCCUUGGCAGUCCCGGUUUUAAAAUAAUUAAAUGAAAAGCCCUGGGAAACGGUGUAUUUCACAUACGUACGCUGGAUAGCAACGUUUAAUGGUUCCGAUGGAAAACUGGAAUUGGACAGCUGUUUACUUCAAUAGCGGUCUGAAUUUGAAAUUUAAAAAUGAAAUAUAAAGAGGUAAGUCAGUGACUCUGACCCAAGGAAAUAGUUAUUCGACACAAGUAGCCGAACCCACCGAUGUUCUACUCAGCGUCUGUUAGUCUUAGGCGAGGAAUCAGACUUAACUUGCAUUCGAUCCUGGUGUUAAUGCUUGUGUUAAGUUCCGGUAAAUUGUCCACCCUGACUUUUUUUUCCCCAGGGUCAAAUUAGUUCUGGAGCUACCCAUUCUCUGUCCAAAAACACAAACAUUACAUUAAGUGCUAUGGCGUUCCAGAAGCCAGAACUGUCAGCCUGUGCUUCAUAUAUUGCUUUCUUAGAGAACCUCAAUGCAGCCCGGCAAAACUGCAGUUUUUCUUGUUCUUCCAUAAAUUGAGUUUCAGAUUUCAACACUGGAAUACGAAACCCCAUAGAUUGCCAUUAAUUAUACGAUAGUAAGUCCUGUGGCAUUAAUGAAGUGUUUGCUAUAUGUCAAGCACCGAGUUAAGCUCUAGGUACGGAGGGGAUAAUGAGAUCAGACACAGUCUCUGUGUCCCUUGGGGCUCAUUAUCUAAGAGGUAAGGCGAGAGCAUUUAAUUGAGAGAGAUUUAUCCCCAAUUAUAGAUGUGGAAACUGAGGCAGAGAGAGGUUACGUGCCUUGGCCGAGGUCACCCAGCAGGCCAGCGUUAGAUUUGGGAUUAGAUCCCAGCUCUCCCGACUGCCAGGACCGAGUCCUUUCCCUUAGGCCCACACUGCCUCUAUUUGCACAAAUUCUAAACUCUCACCAGACGUAUUCAGUCAUUUUCAAUUUAGAAUUCAGCGGGAACUCCAAACAAAUAAAGCCGACGAGCCAAGUGUAGUCUUUGUCCCUUGACUGAAUCGCCCUCGAGUACUAGCAAUAAUAAUCAUCUUUGACGAUAACUGAUUCCUGUAAACUUACUGAAAAAGUCAGGUGUAUUUUUAUAAUGAGCAGACCACCGAAGUAAAGCACUUGAUCAGGCCUCUGCUAAUUAACAUGUAGAGUUUAGUAUUUUUCCUGAUGAGGGGCAAAAUCUGCUUCACAGACUACUAUGUCUUUUUCUUUUUUUGUCUUUCCCCCCUAACCCUAAGUACUCCACCGGAUAAUCCAUAUUAUUAUAGAUACAAAUAAUAAUUUGCAUUACAUAUAUGCCACUCCCACUAUAAAAUGGCAUAUUAAUUUUAUAUGAGAAAUCAAUCUCUAAUUCAAAUAAAAGGCAAAUCUUGCUGGGAAAGUUGAGUACAUAGUGUAGACCGUCUACGAAGUACCCAUGACAAAACCAUGAGGCCAUCUGAAUUGUGCACCUCGACUUGGUGGACAAAGGGAAGGAGCUAGUGAGCGGUGUUUGCUAAGCGCUUACACUGUUCUAAGCGCUGCUGUAGAUGCAAAUCAAUCAGGUUGGACACGGUUCCUUUCCUGCCUAUUAGCCUGAAAGUUUUCUUGACCUAAGUAUUUCAGAUGUUUUCAUUACGAUCCUCACCUCUUUAAGUUGAUCCUGGGAUGUAAAAUCUGUCAACGCUUGACACCGAGCCUGUGAUUUAAGAGGUUUAGGCGGCUGUUCCUGCACGACCCUUUCAUUCGAACCAAUUUGGGAUGAAUAGAUUCUGCCUUUGAGAGAGGGUCAGUUUGGAUUCAGAUCACUAAACUCAUGGGAUUGAGAGGAAGCACCAAAAGUUGCAAAUCAUUUUUACCAACCAGUGGUAAUGAGAAUGAAGGAACUCGCUGCAGAGUGCUUGUCUGUGGACUAUUCCUUGAAUUACAUAGUGUAGAUCCAGCCAGAUGACUUUUUCUGAGGAAGAAGCGCCCUUUCCACUAUUCUCUAUUUACUGACUCUAUUAACAUAAUUUGAGGGGCUUCUCCAGGUCCCAUGGAUUGAUGAAUUAGAAAAGAGAAGUCACCGUUUUAAACCUUAGCAAAUUGAGGCAUAGGAAAUACUAGGAAGUGGCAUUAGAUGCAGCUAAGUUUUUAUCUCAGUUUAUCCUUAAAAUGAUUAAGGCUUACUUGCCAAAGUUCCAACAUUUAUCUAAGCCCCAUUUCACGCUCAAGAUCGAUGCUAAGCAUGAGAAGAACAAAAAUGUUUAUCACAGGAUGCAAAACUGCCUGGAAACUAGCUAUUCUAUUUUCUGGAGGGGGGAAAACGUGUAGUGAUUAUAGAAACGUUUUCCGGCGACAUCCGAAAACACCAUUACGCGGUAACGAGAGUUUUAUUAUUUGGUUUUGGGGUGCUGGUAAUGUCUAGUUCACCUAAGUGUUCCUUUUCAAGCAAACCAGACACCACGAUACGCUUCGUAAUUAAACUACAAGAAACUUGCUAUAACCUUUAUUCAUCUUGCAGUCUGAAUGAUAAGAAGUUCAAAGAAGAUGUCAUAUCAAAUUAGCAGCCAGUUCUAAUUCUUAACCACUCAUUUUUUUUUUUUCUGUUAGAGCACUUUAAAAGGGGUACGGGUAACCCCGAGACUACCGACAUACAGGAUUCUCAGUCCUGUCAACCGUUGUACUUUUUCCGCCCGAUGCAUCUUAGAAGUUAAAAAUCUAAUUUUUGUCGCUACUGUGAGAGAAAUCCAUUCGAGUAAAUGUCUCUCUUUCGAACAACAGAUUUUCACUAGAGGUAAUCCACUGUUGCUUUUGUAAAGCUCCAUUCUUCGUUGGAAACCUGAAGCAAAAAGUUCCAAGUUUGCCUUAAAUUCCUAGUGAAGUCAAAAGUUGAAGAACUGGAUGGUAAUUCCUAGAUAUUGCCUUAUGUGCUGUGCUGUACUUUAAAUCCCAAAUGACUUUAUUUUUAACAGGAUUCAGAAAUUUUGUAGAUGUCGAGUACUUGGACUCUCGGUCGUAAGAAGAGAGUGAUCUGGUUGUGAAGAUCAGAUUAAUGCAUCGAUGUAUUAUUUGAAUAUGUAGUUUGUGUCUGUGUACCUUUCCAGCAGCAGGAUUUUAUUUUAUUUUUGUUUACAUAAAGUGACAUUUAAUUUUACUUUUUCACAACUGCUGAAUGUUGCAUUACUUUUGUUAAUGUUCUUCAGUGUAAGUUUAUUGUUGUGGUAAUAUGUAAUGUAUUUCAUUUAAUGUGAAAUGUUUACUAAAAUAAAUAGAGAAGUUUUUAUA